AGUCUGACGGCAUCUGCCUUUGCCCUCCCGGGCUGGCGCCCCGCACGUCGUGCUUCUCGCUCGCAAAGUUUCUCUGUGGGAAGGACGCCCCUCUAGCUUUCUCUGGCUCCUGGAGCGCGGGGGCGCUCCGCCCCUCCCCCCAGCCUGCGCUCCGGGCCCGGGUUGGUGCCUUUGCUCCAGCCCCCGGCCGGCUGCCUCGGGGGCGGAGCUUGGGGAAUCGGCAGAGCGAGCUGGAGAAGCUUGGACUCGGCGCGGUUCCUGAGGGAGCAGCGGCGAGCGGGCGAGCAGGCGAGCUAGUAGCCACAGCCUAACGAUAGCUUAGGGUACCUAGGCACUGAAAUGAGCCCCCGAAGGGACGCUCAGGCUGCACCCCCUCUUCUGCCCUGGUUCAGUUCUCGGCAGGUUUGAGAGGGCGUGCUGGUCAGGACUCCUCGAGAGGUGCUGCUGAGUGUUGGUGCCCCCGACAGAGUGGCUACCCCGCUCCCUGCGGGGCUGCGGAAGGAGAAGGGGCCAAGGAGACAGCUGUCCCCAAGCCUUUCACGUGCCUGGAAUUGGACUCCGGACUGGGCGCUAAAAUGCUUGCUUUUGCCCUGUCCAGGUUUCUUAGCACGUCUGUGGACGAUUGGAAGCCUGGGCCAAUGAAGAGUCAAGUUCAAAGUGGUACUCCCGGGUUCUCUGUCCCAUACUCCCAACAAGUGUAACUUGAAACUAGAAAGAGGAGUCUCCUACUCUAACUAGCAGAUCUCCGCUCUGGAAUUGUACUUGACAGCUCUCUUCAAUACUUGGACUGCAUUGGCUACAGGGUUCUCUUGGGUGGGGGUGGGGGUUGCUCAGAACCUCGACAAUGGACCGAGUUUAUGAAAUUCCUGAGGAGCCCACCGUGGAUCCAACUUCAUCUCUGGAGGAAGAUGUCAUCCGUGGGCCCAACCCUCGAUUUACCUUUCCAUUUGGGAUCCUCUUCUCCACCUUUUUGUACUGUGGGGAGGCUGCAUCUGCCUUGUACAUGGUCAGAAUCUACCGAAAGAAUAGCGAAACCUACUGGAUGACAUACACCUUAUCCUUCUUUAUGUUUUCAUCCAUUAUGGUCCAGUUGACCCUCAUUUUUGUUCACAGAGAUCUGGCCAAAGACAAGCCGCUGUCAUUGUUUAUGCAUCUAAUCCUCUUGGGACCUGUUAUCAGAUGUUUGGAGGCCAUGAUUAAGUACCUCACACUGUGGAAGAAAGAGGGGCAGGAGGAGCCCUAUGUCAGCCUCACCCGAAAGAAGAUGCUAAUAAAUGGCGAGGAGGUGCUGAUAGAAUGGGAGGUGGGCCACUCCAUCCGGACCCUGGCUAUGCACCGCAAUGCCUACAAACGUAUGUCACAGAUCCAAGCCUUCCUGGGCUCAGUGCCCCAGCUGACCUAUCAGCUCUAUGUGACUCUGAUCUCUGCAGAGGUUCCCCUGGGUAGAGCUGUGCUAAUGGUCUUUUCCCUGAUCUCUGUCACCUAUGGGGCUACCCUCUGCAAUAUGUUGGCUAUCCAGAUCAAGUAUGAUGAAUACAAGAUUCGCCUUGGGCCGUUAGAAGUCCUCUGCAUCACCAUCUGGCGGACAUUGGAGAUCACUUCCCGCCUCGUGAUUCUGGUGCUCUUCUCAGCCACCUUGAAACUGAAGGCUGUGCCCUUCUUAUUGCUCAACUUCCUGAUCAUCCUCUUUGAGCCCUGGGUUAAGUUCUGGAGGAGUGGUGCCCAGAUGCCCAAUAACAUUGAGAAAAAUUUCAGCCGGGUUGGCACCUUGGUGGUGCUGAUCUCCAUCACCGUUCUCUAUGCGGGCAUCAACUUCUCUUGCUGGUCAGCUUUGCAGUUGAAACUGGCAGACAGGGACCUCGUUGACAAAGGCCAGAACUGGGGGCACAUGGGCCUGCACUAUAGUGUAAGGUUGGUAGAGAACGUGAUCAUGGUUUUGGUUUUCAAGUUCUUUGGAGUCAAAGUGUUACUGGAUUACUGUCCUUCCUUGAUUGCUUUGCAGCUCAUCAUUGCUUAUCUGAUUUCCAUUGGCUUCAUGCUCCUUUUCUUCCAGUACUUGCACCCAUUGCGCUCACUUUUUCCCCACAACGUAGUGGACUACCUCCAUUGUGUCUGCUGUCACCGGCACCCUCGGGGCAGGAUUGAGAACUCAGAGCCAUCCCGUGAUGCUGAAGCAAGGCAAAGCAUUGUCUGAGAUUCUGUCUUCUGGGUCUUUUGGGAUAGGCUGGGGGUGGUCAAGAGCAACUUUGAAACUAAAGGAGAGGAUGAGGCUCAUAGGUGAGUACCCACUGGGACAUUUUCUUGAAUUUUCUGGUAAGCCUUUAAGAAGAAAGGGCAGCUCCCAAAUGGGAUUUAUUUCCUUAAGAUUGACUGUUAUGUUUGGAAACCCAGGGUAGCUACUAUAAACCAAGAAGGGUCAGAGAUACUGUGAACCCCCCGCCCACCCAGGGCAGCUGUUUGGCUGCCCUAGGGGAUAACUUACCUCCAAGCACCUUAAGCUCUCUGGAUGUGAUCUUGUAGCUCUGCUCAUUUGCUCCAGGGCAUUCCUGAGCUUUCCUAGGGCUGAGAUGAAGGCCCAGAAUUCCACCAGAAUCUGAUCAGAGGAUGUGACAACUUGCUAAUUAUGGGUACCUCCCAGGAAACUGGCUGAUUAAUGUGGAAUUGUAACUGUAAGCAUGGCUGCUUUUGUUUUUUUUUUUUUUUUAAAUCCACUGAGAAACUGUGGUUUAAGAAGCAAACCCCCACUACUAAAAGAGCUGCUUCCCAAACAAGUUAGCUUUCCAUUCGGAUUUUACUAGUGAUCAUUCAUCAAAGACCUCUCUUUUCAAGCAGCCCUUCCUAGGCACACUCCGAGGAGGGAGUGUGGAGUAGGAUUCCUGCAGGGCAUAAGCCAGAAUGACUCUUUCUCAGGGACCUGCAGGGGCAUCCAGCUUGUGGAAUGGAGUGGUUGAGUAAAAUCUCUCACUUCGUGCCUCGUUAUCAGGAAUUCCCUCCAACCUGGUUUUUCUGUGCUCUUGUCAUUUUACUACUUGAGAUAGAUCUCAGAGAAGCUGAACUGUAAUUGAAAAUGUUUCUAAUGUAUAGAAGAAAUGAAGAUUGUGUUGUGUCUCCUACUGUUCUGAGUAUUUUGCUGGUUCCCCACCCCCGCCCCGCCCAGGGGAGAGAGAAGGUAAUAAUAGCUGUGCUAUUACCUUCAUGCUGUUUGGGUUUUUGGAUGGCAGCUAAUACUCCAAGGUAGAGUGAAGACAGAGGAGGGAAAGCAGAUCACAUUAACUCAUCAUUGGUACUGGUUUUUGCCCACCGGGUUUUAUUUUCUAAUAAGGAAAUGUUUAUCAUCCUUCUGCUCAUUCCCACACCCCCAACGGAUGAAUGCAUAUCUCCCUUUCUCGUGUAUCUCCUAUCAGUGGGGUAUUUUGAUGGGGAAGUCAGCUAGAUGCCUCUAAGUUAACCGAGGAAUCGAGGCUAGUAUGGCCACUGCCUAUUGGGACCUAGUACCCCAGCAUUUACCUAAUGCUUACCCCUCACACACCAGGAAAAGUCGAGAAUUCCUAGUAGCAUGUGCCAAUUGUUGCUACCACAAUGUUUUGAGAAAUUGUGAACGAUCUGACCUAAAACUUCUCGUCCCCAUCCAAUUUUACUCAUGAGAUCAUGUUAAGAGGUUAUCUUUAGCCGUUUCCCUUUUAUCCAGUGUCAGGAGUUUAUGGCAGAGGAGCUCCCUCCUUUAAGUAGCAAGACUGUUAGCCAGAACCUUCCUAUUUCCUGGCAUGUCUAGUGUGGUUGUCCCAUCUUCAACCACUGUUUGGGGGCUAAAAGGAUUGAAGAUUAAUUUGGGGGGAGAGUCAAGUGACUUGCUUUGGAGCAGUGGACACUUUUUUUUUGUCAAUCCAUCAUUUUAUCUUUGAUGAAGAGACUUAGGUUGGUGUCAGAAGAAGUUCACACUCCCAUCUUCUGACUGUGUUAUUUAAGGUGAAUUUGAAAGAAUCUAUUAAGGCCUCCAGAAGAACACGCUGUCUCUUUGGAAUUCAAGCAAUAAUUUCUCCCUGGUGGUUAAUAUGCCCUUCUAUUAAAAUCAGAAGCAGCGUGGAAAUGUAAUUUGGUCCAUAAAAGCCAUGUGAAUCAGCUGCUUAAGGCACAGGUGCUGUGGGAACACAGUGACACACAUUAAGCCAAGCAGGCCAAUUAGAGCUACAGUGGAGAUACACAGGGCAGAAACAUGUGCCUUGGUACUGGACCAGGCGUAUUUUUUCCCACUACCCUCCGCAGCCUCCAUGACUUAAUAUUUCUGGAAUGCAGGGAGUUCAGGGUGAGGGCUGUGGAGCAGCUUUGGACCUGAAAAACCUGUUGCCCUUAACCCAAGGAGAAGAGAUUCUAGCGAUAUGUUAUGCAAAUGAAUUCUCAGAACCUCCUGUAGGUGGUGGCCUUUCUGUUCCACAAGUCUUCCAAUACACCAGAAAAGGAGAAAUUUUGGAAUAUGGUGGUGGGGCAAGGGAAGUGCUCCCAUCUGCAAACACCUCUUUAAUUGACUACUCUCCUUGUACCCUUUGAAAUCUUAAAGUGACACAGGGUAGUUGUGUAGGGGCAAGUGUUAGUGGGAGAGGAGGCAGAGAUGGGGCCAGCAAAUGGGUCUUGGAAAAGGAAGGCAGAACCAUGAAGUGUGGUGGGAAAGAGAGGCUAUUGUAGCAACAGCUUUUUUUUUUUUUUUUUCCACAUUAUUGGAAAUUCGGUAAGCUGAGUAUGGGCAAAUGAACAUGUUAAGGAAAUGUAUUAAAUAAACUCAUAGUUGUCAAUUUCAUUUGUUCUAUGGGGCAUAGAACUGGGAGGCACUGUAGAAUUAAAUAAUAGCUGAUAUUUAUAAGCAUUUACUGUAUGUCUGGCACGGUGCUUUAUAUGCAUUAUUUCAUUCAGUCCUCAAAACAAUCCCUUAUGAGGUAGGUACUAUCAUCCCCCAUUUUACAGAUGAAGAUUCUAAGGCAUAGAACAGUGAAGUGACCUGCCCAAAGUCAUGGCUAGUAUCAGAGCCAGGAUUCAGUCUUAGGCACUUAGGCACCCCAGAGCUUACACUCUUCAUCAUGACACAAGCCUCUAAAUCCUCUUAGGUCCUUUGUGGAAUUAGUUUAAUAUGUUAGUGGUUCCAGGAAUCUUUUCUGGGCUGUGGCUCGGUUCAUAUCAAGCAUUCUUUCUUACAAAUACUUGUAAUCAAGAGGCAUCACUCGAUUUACUCUAGAGAGAAAAAGGUCAAGUCCUAAAAGGCCUGGGAUGAAAAUGGAGUAUGUGUUCACCUGUACUUAUAGGUUGAUGUUAUUUAAUGUUCACAUGUACUUAUAUGUACUUAUAUUUAA